AUGUCGUACUGGUCUAAGUCGUUUGGUUUUCGCGUCGUGAUCAUUCGAUCCGCCCCACGUGUUUCAUAUUGCCACCUCUUUCUGACACAACAGCCCUGCGCGUCGAAGAAGAGGAAGAAAAUAAGACACGACUACAGGUCCGUUCUCCCCGAGUAUGAGGACAUGACGACUGAGCGUCUUGUUGCAGAGGGCCACGUGGCUACUGGCAGCUUCUUCAUCGACCACAAUCAUUUCGCGCAGGAGGCCGAGAAGUCCAACGUUGUGACGAUCGGAGGAAAGCGGGGCGACGUCACCGAGAUGGGAAAAACGCGGAGUGGCGGAUGGAUGUGUAUCACCAUUCACGACCCGGCCGCGCCGUCGAACUUCAAACAACUGGAGAUCGGAGAAGUGGAUGGCAGCAAGGCCAAGGGUGGCCACGCCAUAAACCCGUUCCGGGCUAAACCAGACGGUACAACGGACGCCACUACAUUCGACUGCCCAUCGCCAUCCUACCACAUCAUGGACAGAGUGGGUACCGGCCUCCACUUUCACGCGCACCACCAGGCGAAGAUCGACAAGAGACUCCUUGAUGUACAUGGAGCGGCUACGACGUUCGUCGAUGACAUGAACCCGAUCAACCCUGACACUUUCAUCCAAGACGUCGACGUCAUCGCGAGGGGUACUGCGGGCGCGCUCGGGCCGAACGCAGGCUGCGAGUCGGCGCCCGUCCCUCCCCCGACCGAUGAGCAGAUCGGCGUGUCUUCUGGGCCGGAGCAGACAAGCGACUGGCACAAGCUUCAGAAGGAGACCAACCUCGAGGCCUACACAGAGGACCGGCGAGCGGGAGGUGAGUGA